CUCUACAGGAUGGCGGACAUCACAGCGGUUGUCAGCCUGGUGCAAGUGGCCUUGGGUUUUGUGCUCCCAUUCACAGUCAUAGCGGCCUGCUACACAGCAAUCACCUGUGCUCUCCUGGCCUCCCUGUGUGCCCAGUCUCUCAAGGCCCUGCGCUUGAUUUUGGCCCUGGUCUUGGUCUUCCUGGCUUUGCAGUUGCCCUAUGCACUGCUUACCUCACUGGACAUGACCGCUUUGAUGGGACACCAGGCGUUGAGCGUCAAAGCCAUCCUCCGCCGGGACUUGGCCCUCCUCAUCACUAGUGCCUUGGCCUUCUUCUCCCACUUUUCAGCCAAACACCCAGGUGGCCACACUGCAAGUGGACGUUCUGCACCUUCUGAAGUCCAUCUGGCAGCCUGCAAGGGAGAUGUGACGGGCUUGGAUGAUGACAUGGCGCAGCUCUUAGGGAAAUGCAGUGAUGCACAAUCUCGCCCUGGCCCUCCCUGGCUACCCAUAGAAUAG